AUGACCUUAAAGAUGAAGUUCCUUGGGUAUAAAACUGAGAAAAUCCGACCUUUAAAUGAUGCCAGGGCUAUUGAGAGUGGAGCCAAUUUUCUUUCUGAAGCCUUUGUGUUUUCAGUAGCAGCAUCUGUGAUUCUGGCCGAAAAUUGGAGAUCGCGAGUGACAGCCAAAAAUCGCCGAAAUUAUGUAGACGAUGCAUUGGAAAACGAGGUAAAAAAAAAAAAAAAGGUUCUAUCCGUCAGCAUGGGAUUGAAGCGACAUACAGAAUACCAACAACAACCCACGAUGAUUCAACUUUAA